AUGGCUAUCUUUUCUAGUUUGAUCUGCAGUGGGGAGAAACGUCGACGUGAACAGGAAAGCAAAUAUAUCGAAGAACUGGCUGAACUGAUAUCUGCGAACCUGAGUGACAUUGACAAUUUCAAUGUUAAGCCAGAUAAAUGUGCAAUUUUAAAGGAAACUGUUAGACAGAUACGGCAAAUAAAGGAACAAGGAAAAGCAGCUUCUACGGAUGAUGAUGUCCAGAAGGCUGAUGUGUCUUCAACAGGUCAAGGUGUUAUUGACAAGGAUUCCUUGGGACCUCUUUUAUUACAGGCACUGGAUGGCUUCUUAUUCGUAGUCAAUCGAGAUGGGAACAUUGUGUUUGUAUCAGAAAACGUUACUCAGUAUUUGCAAUACAAACAAGAGGACCUGGUUAACACAAGUGUUUACAAUAUCUUGCAUGAAGAGGAUCGGAAGGAUUUUCUUAAAAAUUUACCAAAAUCUGCAGUGAAUGGCGUUUCUUGGACCAAUGAAGCACCUAGACAGAAGAGUCAUACAUUUAACUGUCGCAUGCUGGUGAAAACCAUGCAUGAUGUUCUGGAGGAUGUAGGGAACAACCAGGAGUCACAACAGAGAUUUGAAACCAUGCAGUGUUUUGCUUUGUCUCAGCCAAGAGCUAUGAUGGAAGAAGGAGAAGAUUUGCAGUCCUGUAUGAUAUGUGUGGCCCGUCGUAUUUCUGCCGUGGAAAGGGUGUUUUCACCAAACACAGAGAGCUUUAUUACUAGGCAUGAUCUUUCAGGUAAACUGGUUAACAUAGAUACAAACUCCCUAAGGUCUAUGAGACCUGGAUUUGAAGAUACAAUCCGCCGUUGCAUUCAGAGAUUUUUAUGUGCAAAUGAAGGACAGCCAUGGUCAAAUAAACGCCACUAUCAAGAAGCUUAUCUUCAGGGUCACUCCGAAACUCCCCUCUAUCGGUUCUCCUUAGCAGAUGGAACACUAGUGACAGCACAAACCAAAAGUAAAUUGUUCCGAAACCCAGUUACCAGUGACAGGCAUGGAUAUAUAUCCACCCAUUUCCUUCAAAGAGAACAAAAUGGAUAUCGACCAAACCCCAGUACAAUGGGACAGAACAUCAGAGCAUCUUCAACGGGGAACACGAAUUCAGUCAGUGGUGUGAUGAACAUGUCACCAGGGCAAAACAUGCCUAUGCAGAAUAGGAACUACGGCAUGGGAGAUCCCAAUUUAAUGGGACAGGUGGGCAGUGUUAGAUACGGAGGUCCUGGAAAUAUGGGAUCAAUGAACCCUGGACAACCCAUGCAGCCUUCUCCUUAUCAGAGCAAUAACUAUGGAUUAAAUAUGAGCAGUCCGCCGCAUGGCAGCCCAGGCUUGAAUUCCAGUCAGCAGAAUUUAAUGGUAUCGCCUAGGAAUCGUGGGAGCCCAAAAGUGAAUUCACACCAAUUUUCCCCUGUAGCAGGUGUGCACUCUCCAAUGGGAUCCGCCAGCAACACAAGCAGCAGCAACUUUUCAAGCAGCUCGCUCAGUGCUCUUCAGGCCAUUAGUGAGGGGGUUGGGACUUCCCUUCUGUCUACACUUUCUUCACCAGGACCUAGACUAGAUAAUUCUCCAAAUAUGAACGUUGCUCAGCCAAAUAAAAUGGGGAGCCAGGAAUCCAAAAGCCCUCCUGGGUUGUUUUGUGAACAAAAUCAAGUGGAGAGUUCAAUGUGUCAGUCAAUCAACAGGGAGCCCCUUGGUAACAAAGAUAUCAAAGAGGAGAACCUCGAAGGUUCAGAGCAAAGGGGACCCCCUGAGAGCAAAGGCCAUAAAAAGCUGCUUCAGUUACUAACUUGUUCCUCAGAGGAGAGAGGGCAUUCAGCACUGUCAAACUCCCCCUUGGACUCCAGUUGCAAAGAACCGCCUACGAAUGCCACGAGCCCUUCAUCGGGCGUUUCCUCCUCUACAUCAGGAGGAGUGUCGUCUUCAUCCAACAUGCAAGAGAAGCAUAGGAUUUUACACAAGUUGUUGAGGAAUGGUAAUUCUCCGGCCGAGGUGGCCAAAAUCACAGCAGAAGCCACUGGUAAAGAUACCUACCAUGACAGCAGCAGCUCAGCUUCCUGCGGUGAAGGAGCAAUCAAACAGGAACAGCUGAGUCCAAAAAAGAAAGAGAACCAUGCUCUGCUGAGGUAUUUGCUUGACAAGGAUGACGGAAAGGAUCUCUCGAAAGAGAUAAAACCUAAAAUAGAAAGUAUGGACAGCAAAAUGGGACAGUGCAGUAGUUCUGCGAUGCCUACUUCGAGCCAAGAGAAAGAGAUGAAAAUAAAAACAGAGCCCACAGAAGAGAUGAGUGGAGAUUUGGUCGAUAAUUUAGAUGCAAUUUUGGGUGACCUGAGCAGCUCAGAGUUUUGCAGUAAUCCCAUGUCUAUGAAUGGGAAUAAUAUGGGGAACAAGCAGCUGAUGUGUCAAGGAAAUCCACCUCUGGGUAUGAGAAGUCCGCAAUCUGUGCAGCCCACCCGUCCUCCUUUCAACAGAGCCAUGUCUUUAGACAGUCCCGUGUCUGUGGGCUCAAGCCCAUCUGCAAGAAACGUCAAUGCAUUUUCCAUGUUACAAAAGCAAAGCAUGAUGGGUGGAAGUCCAAGAAUGAUUGAGAACCAGGAAAACUUUGGAGCGAAUAUGGGUGGCUCAAACAGAAAUAUGUCUAUGAAUCAGAAUUCAGGAGGUGACUGGAGCCUGCAGAACCCAAAGGUUAGUAGGAUGGAACCUACGAGUUCGGCUCCAGUGGCACGGCCAGGACCAGACUGCAACCCAACACUUUCCAGAUCUACAAUGGGAGGGUCCAUGCCUGGUUUGCCCAUGAGAUCAAACAGUAUGCCUGGUACCAGAUCUAUGCUCCAACAACAGAUGAUCCAUAUGAGACCAAAUGAUAUUAAUAUUGGUAUGGCAGGGAAUCCUUAUGCUCAUCCAGGACCAUCUACCCAGUCAAGUUCAUGGCCAGAAAACAUGUUAUCUAUGGAGCAAGGACCUCGAGGCUCACAAACAAGUUUCCAGAAGGACAGACAUGUGGGAACCUUCCCGUCCUCCUCAGACGGGCCAUUCUAUGACGUGGUGAUGGUGGGGGCAAAACUGAGAAUGCACACGCCGUUAGUUAGAAAUACUUUGGAUGAUUUCUUAUAUAAUGUUCCAACUGUUGAUGGCCAAAGUGAUGAAAGGGCUCUUCUAGACCAGCUGCACAUGUUGCUGAGUAAUACAGAUGUCAACAGCCUGGAAGAAAUUGAUAGAGCCUUAGGGAUUCCUGAUCUUGUAAAUCAAGGACAAGCUUUGGAACCCAAGCAAGAAUCAUUUCAUGGCCAAGAAACUACAGUAAUGAUUGACCAGAAGCCUCCCAUGUAUGGUCAGCCCUACCAGGGACAGGGUGCAGUAAUGCCAGGGGGUUUUACCGCCAUUCAAGGCCAACAGGCAUCCUUUAACUCUAUGAUGAAUCAAAUGAACCAACAGAACAAUUUCCCAAUGCAAAGUAUGCAUCCCAGAGCCAGCAUGAUGAGGCCCAGAACUAACACGCCAAAGCAACUCCGCAUGCAACUCCAGCAGAGGCUUCAAGGGCAGCAGUUUUUAAAUCAGGCUCGUCAAACGUUGGAUAUGAAAAUGGAGACCUCCAACCCUGGUGGUGCAUCGGUGAUGAGACCUGUUAUACCUCCCCAAAUGGGGUCACCACAGCAAAGCUUCCUUAAUGCUCAGAUGGUGGCUCAGCGAAACAGAGAGCUAAUAAGUCACCACAUCAGACAGCAAAGAAUGGCAAUGAUGAUUCAGCAGCAGCAGCAGCAGCAGCAGCAGCAACCUCAGGCCUUCAGUCCUCCUCCAAACGUAACAGCUUCAGGCAGCAUGGAUGGAUCUGUUGCAGGCCCACCUAUGGCUCCAGUCCCGCCCCAGCAGUUCUCGUACCCAACGAAUUACGGAAUGAACCAGCAGCCAGAUCCAUCUUUUAAUAGGGUAUCAACCCCUCCAAAUUCUAUAAUGGCUCAGCGAAUUGGACCAUCUCAAAAUCCGAUGAUGCAGCAUCCUCAGGCGAACCCAAUGUAUCAGUCCCCUGAGAUGAAGGGCUGGCCAUCAGGAAACAUGGCCAGAAGCAGUUCCUUUCCACAGCAGCAAUUCAGUCAUCCAGGGAACCCUACGACCUACAGUGUGAUGCACAUGAAUGGCAACGGUGGUCACAUGGGACAAAUGAACAUAAAUGUUAUGCCUACAUCAGGAAUACCCAUGGGGCCAGACCAGCAGAAAUACUGCUGACCUCUACAACUACGGGCUCCCAGUAGGCAGAUGCUGGUGACGACAGUGUAACAGGAAAGCAUGUGCAUUUACUUCAUGGCAACAAGUCCAGGCCUUAUGGAAAUACCACUUUUUUCCAAUGUACCAUGAAGACGUUCUUAAGUGACUUUAUAAGUUAUGAAUGGGGAAGGGAGAGGAAACAAAGUAUCUGUUACUGUAUGAAGUGGUGUACAAAGAAUGGUAAAACGAAUACUGUUUUUGGCACUCUGUCUCUAGCAACGGCAUUUGAGUAAAAGUGAUUGGUAGACUCUGUGUAUACCAGUUCUGUUUACCAUAACUAUCCAAAGCCUUUAACUAUAGGCAGACCAAUGUGCCUGAAGAAAUCUUGGUAAUAGUCUUGAGUCCUCUGGUUAGAGCCUCUGACAGAAUGUAGUAAUUCCUGCCCCUUGAUCUUAAAAGGAAAAAGGAACCCCCAAAGCCUCUCAGAAGAUUUAUGUUACUGUUACUCUUACCCGCAGAUGCUGAAACUCUGCAAGAGGCAGUACAAAUGGAAAUAGGAUCCGUAUCUUAACCCUUUUGAUGCCGGAAGCUUGCAGAGAAUUUUUAAAAAUAUAAUUACGGUAAAUAUUUCUAUGUUGAUGUGCAGCUGUGUGCACUUUAUAAAAAUGCUGAACAUAAUGGGUAAAUGCAAUAUCUUAAAUAAAAAUUAAAAGAUGGCUAUAAAAAGUAUGUUCAAUGCCCCGUUUCCAACCUUGUGUAAAUUACUGUUGCACAAAAUGCCUCUUACGUAUAAACCUGAGCAAUAAUUGUUCAUCUUUUUUGCCA